UCAGACAAACAUGUACACAUGUAUGUAGUUCACCAUUACAUGACUGUAACCUUAAUAUCUCUACCUCAUUGAUUCAUUCAUUCAUUUGUUGUGUUAAAAUGAAACUAAACUUUAAAUUACUUUUGAUGGCAUUUUCUGACUUUUUAAAUGCAAUACGAGAUUUUCCAUGAGGGACAAAAAUGCGUCGCAUGCAUGCGCACUGUCUGUAUUCUGACCAAGAACCGCCCACUUAGACCGGAAGAAAUCAUGUGACCGACAUGUAAAGCGACCAAUCAUGGUUCGCUUUUAAAACUACAGUUCGUUUUUAGGGGCGGGUAAAUCUGAAAUCGAAGAUAAUAAUGGCUCAGGAGUCUCCGCAAAAUGUUGUACAGACCAAACCGAAGAAAGUGGAAAAUGGCUGUUUGCUUUGUGGUAGGGACUUCUAUCCAUCCAAAUGCAAUAAGCACCGACUGUAUCACGGACACAAGUCUGAAAACAAAGCGGAUCAUACGGUUGUGUUGGAGGAAUUAGUUGGCAAACUUCAGGACACGACUCUGGCCAUCUGCGGCAUAUGCAGAACUCUGUUAUUGAGGUACGACCGCGUGUCCAAAGAUGCAGAGAGAAUAAAAUGUCUUAUUAAAGAUACGUGGAAGAAGAUGAGAGAGAAACGAUGUGCGGAGUCAACGCCUUCACUGGAGGUGAAGAGACGACGAGAACUGAUGGACACAGAAACAUAUGAUGAUGACAACAACACUGCAUCCACCUCACUACAUUCCGCUGACACCGCUGCAGCAAAGGAGAAACUUAAAACAGCAUUAAAACCACUGCAGGCAAAGCUGAGAAUAUUUCAGGAGUUUCAAAAGACAUCACUUCAAACUGCAGAACAUAUCAAGGUAAGUAUUUACUAUGGUAUAAAGUUGUGAAGCACCCUUACUUUGUAAAAUGUUUGUAUAUAUGUUUAUGUUUGAAUAUAGACAUUCAGUAGUCUGAUGACAAUAUCAGUGGUUUUAGUUUCAGGCUCAAUACACAGAGAAAUUGAUCAAGGACGAGUUUGUGAAACUUCGCCAAAGUUUAUGUUAUGAAGAGGCGGCCAGAAAAAAAGCACUGAAGGAGGAAGAAGAGCAAAAGAGUCAGAUGAUGAGAAAGAAGAUUGAGAAGAUGAACACAGAGAUUUCUUCUCUUUCUGCCACAAUCACAGCUAUAGAGGAGGAGAUGAAAGCUGAAGAUGCUUUAUUCCUACAAAACUACGAGGCCACUAUGAAAAGAGUUUCCCAGUGUAGACCGCCGGAUCCAGAGAACAUUUCUGGAGUGCUGAUAAAUGUGUCAAAACACCUGAGCAACCUGAAGUUUACUGUGUUACAGAAGAUGCAGAAAACUGUUGAAUACACUCCUGUGACCUAUGACCCCAACACUGCUCACUGUAAUCUCAUCCUGUCUGAUGAUCUGACCAGUGUGAGAUACAGCGAUGAGGAACAGACACUUCCUGAUAAUCCAGAGAGAUUCGACAUGUUUGCGUGUGUUCUUGGCUCAGAGGGCUUUGACUCAGGAUCUCACUGCUGGGAUGUUGAGGUCGGAGACAGUACAGGCUGGUUCCUCGGAGUGAUGAAUGAAUCCGCUCAGAGGAGGAAUAAAAUAUUCUCAAAGAGUGGAAUCUGGUUGGUGGGGCAUUUCUGUGGUGAAUAUAAAGCACAUGUUCCACCACAAUCACCAACUCUCCUCCCGGUGAAAGAGAAACUGCAGAGGAUCAGAGUUCAUCUGGACUGGGACAGUGGAAAGCUGUCGUUCUCUGACCCUCUUACCGACACACACAUACACUCUUUUACACACACAUUUACUGAAAGAUUAUUUCCAUUUUUCGGUGUUGGCUGUAAUAUUUCUCCUCUGCUGAUCUUACCUGUAAAAAUGACUCUAAUACAGUCCAAUUAGUGGUGAAAAUCUCUCUUUCAGUAUUUUGACUUGUGUUAACUUUUUCAGUCAGAUGUGAGAAUGGUCCGCAGUGAAUACAAGCAUUCAUUUCAAUAUUCUUGUUGCUGAGACAAACUUGUACACAUGUAUGUAGUUCACCAUUAAGUUACAUGACAGUAGCCUUAAUUAUCUCUACCUCAUUCAUUCGUUCAUUUGUGUUGAAAUAAAACUAAACUUUAAAUUACA